AGUGUGCGACAUUUGCAACAAAUGCCAAAAACGUUGGAUGAAUUCAUUCAUCGACCGACCAGUCGGUCGUUUUGAACCUAAUCCGAGAGUGUCGGGUAUAUGGUGACGCGUCAGAGUGAUACAAACGGUGUUUCUAGAAGUUCAGCUGUAUCUUUAAGGAGGAGAAAGAAGUCUGCAAGUGAGGAUGGUGCGCCUCACCUUGUCAGCAAUUCUUUCUCCGGCGUUUUUCACUCCAAUGGUUCGGUUUCGCUCUGAUGAAGGCCAUUUGACACAGGAUGAUACACGAAAGAUUGAAGAAAUCGACGGUGCACAUCACCGUACGUUGUCAUCGUGAAUAUCCUGUAGUAACUGCAGGAACAAAUUGGAAAUGUCUUCAAAAUAUUCUGAGAGGUUGGUUAGAAAUUAUUCAGAAAUGAAAUAAGAGACAGUAAGCGAAUAACACCUCAAUUAGUGUUCCCGCCUAACUACGUUCACGCCAUGGCAUUGCACGAGUUAAAUGGCAAAGAAACUGACGCAAAGUGCAUUGUGUUCUUCGUUUGUUUCUACUUCUUUUGAAUUUACCGCUUGUCACCAGUCAGCUGCGCUUGUGCUGUCAUUUUCGUAAGGCGCAUGAGAAAUCGAUCGAAUAAACUCUACCGACGUAGGUGUUUUCAAUUGAAUGUGAUAUAAAGAAGAAUUGCAAAAAAGUGGAUCAGAUAUGAAGGGCAAUUUGAGAUGACAUUUCAUCAUAUGACCCAAAGCUGCCCUUUGUUGCCAGCAUGGGCAGUUCAUCAUCAAAAUUUAAGAAAUAUCUGCAGCAUGGAGAUGAAUUUGCUGCAAUGCAGGUGUUUCAAAGUUCACCUGAAUUGCGAAAAAAUUUAGACCCGAAUCUGAGUUACGGAGACAGCCACCAACAUAAUACAGCUCUUCAUUAUGCUGCAAAGCAUGGAAUGAAGCAUCUUUUAAGAACUUUUCUCAAUGAUUUGGGAGGGAACCCAAACAAGAAGAAUGGCUGCAACGAGUCAUCAUUGCAUGCUGCAUGCCAGCUGGGCCAGACUAAGUCUUUUUCUGCCCAAGAAAGGAGAGCAGCGUGUGUAGCUCUAUUGCUACAGUGGCGUGGCGUAGAACUCAAUUCUGGGGGCAGAGAGCGUGUUGACUUACAGGCACAGGAUGUGAAAGGGAAUACAGCCCUGCAUUGUGCAGCAAUGUCUGGCUUGAAACGAUGUGUGGAACUUCUGCUAGCUCAUGGCUCACCCCUGUUUACCGAAAAUCUGGACAAAUUGACUCCUUGUGACAUGGCAAUGCGAAAUAAUCAUCAUGAUAUUGCACAACUUCUGGAAUCAAGAAUGGUCUUUGCUGACAGCAUGGAUACUAUAAACGAAGCAGAAUUGUAUGGACCUUCAGGCCAAGAAGAAGUGUACUCAGGACUGAGAACUCAAGAUCUUCAGGAAGCAAAAGACCAACUUCUUGUGGAAACCUCAGAUAUGCUCCAUAUCCCUUUGUUUACAGCUGAAGCUCUGUUACGAGAUAACGAGUGGUCUCGAGAAGCGCUGCUAGAGAAGUGGAUGAAAGACCCUGUGCAGUGCUGCCAACUAGCUGGAGUGCAGCCUCCUGCAUCAGCUUUGCAGCAUUUAGAUCCAUCGCCUCCUAACAGUGGGCGAGCAUCAAGUGACGGAGGCACUGCUCUGAAUGCUCCUCCUGCUUCUCGUACUCUUGGGGGCUCUGACGCAGUUUGUGAGAUAUGUACCCUGGCAAUGCCAGCCUGGGAUCAACCUGUAGCCAUGUCUUGUGGCCAUCGCUUUUGUACCUCGUGUUGGGAAAGCUACCUCACAGUAAAAAUUCAAGAUGGAGAUGCACACCACAUCUUAUGUCCAGCUUAUCAGUGCCAUAUUCUUGUGCCUGUGGAACUCAUAGAACGAUUAGUUAGUCCUGAUAUGGCACGCAGAUAUCUACAAUUUGACAUUAAGGCUUUUGUAGACAGCAAUCGCAGUAUUAAAUGGUGCCCGAUGCCUGGUUGUGGAAGAGCUGUCCGCCUUCCUGAAACAGAACAGUUGCCAUCCAUAAAUUCUCAUCUUCUUAAUAACCCACCUUCUUCUCCUGGUUCAUCGGGGAAGCUUUCACUGCCUCCUGCAACAUCACAUGCCGUGGACUGUGGAAAUGGACAUUUCUUUUGCUGGGAAUGCUUGGGAGAAGCACAUGCCCCUUGUGGAUGCUACCAGUGGCAGCUGUGGCAGAAGAAGAUUUCUGAAGUGAAGCCAGAAGAACUCAAGGCUUCGUGCGUGGAGACUGAAGAUGCUGCUAAUUGUUUAUGGUUGGUCACGAACUCAAAACCUUGUCCAAAUUGUAAAUCCCCUAUACAGAAGAAUGAAGGCUGCAAUCACAUGAAAUGUUCCAAGUGCAAAUUUGAUUUCUGCUGGGUAUGUUUGGAAAACUGGAAAAAACAUAGUUCAGCAACUGGAGGAUAUUUUCGCUGUAAUCGUUUUGAAGCAGUUCACAAAGCAGAUGAAAGGCAAGGUCUUCUCAUUAGUGAAGCAACCAUGCGCAACCAGCAAGUACAAGAACUGAACCGCUUUCUGCACUAUUACACCCGCUUCCGCAAUCAUGAAAAUUCCCAGCACCUGGAGGAGCCUUUGCUUACAAAUGUACGUCAGAAGAUGGAGCUUCUGGCAUCCUCUCUGGGUCGAGGAGGAACCCGUCCUGGGGAAGCAGAAUUGGCUGAGAAGGGUACACGGUUUGUAGAAGAUGGGGUACGUGAACUUCUGAAGGCUCGAAGAGUGUUAUGUGGAUCUUAUGUUUAUGGCUACUACCUUGAAGAUAAUGGAUACAACAAAACAAUUUUUGAAUUCAUGCAGAAUGAAUUAGAGGAGGUCACAGAGAAGCUCUCGGAGCAAGUUGCUCGGCCUUACCUGCGCACUCCUCGCUCCUUGAUUAUUCAGACCACAGCGUUGGCUCGUCGAAAGCGCCAUGAAUUUGUUCGUGCUGUAGCAAAGGGCCUUAUUCCUCCAGAAACACCACCCACCCUACGUAAAGUGCGUAAUCAUCGCUCUUCACGUGUGUUAGGUGUUGACCUUUCUGACGAUGAGCAGAUGUCUCAUGCAAUAGCAGCAUCGCUGAAAGACUUGGAUCCUAAUAACCCAUGGGUCAAGGAUUCUCGAGGUCGACAUACCAAUUUGAGUGCCAUAUAUGAUUGGCCUGACUUUGAUUCUGAUGAGGAGGAGUCUGAAGUGAGCCGUGCUUUAGCUGUGAGUCUUCUGGGAGAAUGUAGCAGAGCAGGAUGUGGACGCCCUCGUGCUCGCAAUCCAAGAACUGCAGCUGUGCAUGAAUUUUGCAGUUUACGUUGCUCUCAAGCUGCUCGUCUUGCUCCAGAGGAUUUGUAUCAAGUCAAUGUAACUGCUGACUACAAUAUGGAUCUGGUGAUUGCUCUGGAAAUGUCCCGUCUCCAGAUGAUUGAAGAUGAAAUGAAAAAGAGGCAAAGAGCAGCCGAAGAUGAUGCUUCACAGGGAUCUCUGUCUGAGAAUGGUCUUCUGCGACCUCCUGGCACAAGUCUGGCUAGUACAAGUGGGAGUGCGAAAUUGCAAGAUGGUACUAUACCUGCUGGAGAUGACCACCAGCUCAAAUUAGCCAUUCAAUUAUCUCUUCAAGAAAAUCAAUCUGGAGAGAGCACACAUUCAAUCUCUGGCACUGGUCAUGAAGAGCUUCCUGCACCUUCUUCAGCAGUGGAUGUGGGAGAAGAUGAUGACAGCACUGGACGAGAUACAUCUUUAUCUACAUACCAUAAGACAAGUGCAGACCUCACAGUGGACUACUUCCUCAAAAGUUUAGCUGGCCGACAUAUUGAUUUGAAGAACUUGAGUCCUUGUGCCAGCAACAAUGUGUUCUCUUCUCCUGAAGAUGGCAGUGUGAGUGGUGUGGGAACUGUCUGGGGUUGUGGGCUGAGCAAAACCCUCACAGACAAAGAACUUCUUGGAGGUUGUGGCUUCAAACCCUGUGUAGCUGAGGAUGGACGGUUUGAAAUUGGAGAUAUUCAUGAAAAUGGAUGUUUUAAUGAUGUUGAUGAUUAUGAGGAAGUAGAUGCAAGAUUAUUGAAAAGAUCACAUUCUACUGGGGACUUGUGUACCAGAGGUCGUCGUGGGCCAAGGUUAGGUGUUGGCACGGGUGCAGAUGAACCUAGGUACCACCUGGAUUCUGAUCACAGCAGUCAGCAUGAAGAAAAACCUGAAGAUUUGGUAAAACGCAUGCUUGCCUGCCCAGCUUCGACAGUGUGUUCCAGUGGGUCUCGCCAAUGGUCAGGGACCAACGGUAGUCGCGGUCACUUUCUCCUUCUUCAUCAGCAGAGUUCCUCUGGAGGCACAGUGGGAGGGGGUGAGGCAUCAAACACCUCUGAAGACGGCACCAGUCUCUACUUUGGAGGACAGUCAUCCGUGGAGGACACCACAACCACAUCAGACUCUUUGAAUGCAGACCUGGAAGUGUGUGGAAUCCUUGGAACCACCACAGAGGAUGACGAAGAAGGCAAGGCUAAUAUGGAAGAAGAUCCAUCUAGUGGUGCAAAUUCAAAACACCAAAGUGAGUUUCUGCAUGGCAUCAAAGAUGUGAACAGAAGUGCUGUUGCUGAAAAGAGCCGAAGUUGUGGUAAUGUGGCUUCUGGUGUUGGAUCUUCUACUGCUGGCAAAACAGCAACUGGAACAAGUCUGUUGGAGGCUCAUCGCAAAGCAUUUAAAGCAUCUGGGGGUAAGGGUGCUGCUGCUGCCGCUGCUGCUGCUGCUGCUGCUGCUACUGCUGCUGCUGCUGCUGCUGCUGCUGCAGCGGCGGCGGCAGCUGCAACAGGAUCUGGCUUGAGAAUUCGCAUUUGUAAAUCACCAAAUCCAGGCAGUGCUGGAACAGAAACAGUGUGUCAUCAACUGGAAACUGAUAGUUCCAAUGAAUACGAGUCUGAGACAGGUAUACCAAAGUCACCUACUUUGUUCAUUAGUGGAGUAUCCAUAAGUCGUACACCAGAACCUCGGUCACCUGCUCUAGCUGUAGCAAACUCUGUAGCAAACACAUCUGCUGGGCGUCAGUCACGCUCUUCAAGUUUAACUGUACCUCCCCCUCCUCCUCUGAAUGCAGUGUCUUCAAAUGCCACAUUAGGAUCCUCCUCAAUUUCUCUUAAUGCAGGCUUAUUGCCUGGAGCAUCUCCAGAGCCUCAGAGUGCUCCUACUCCAGUAUCUGUCUCUCCUCCACCCCCACCCCUGCUUCCUCCUCCUCCGGGAUCUCCUGCUGGGUCCUGUCACACAAGGUCUGGAGCUCCUUCUCCAAUCUUGACGGCAAGCAAUGGAAAUGCAGCCAACAGCAAUGUUCCUUCAGGAACAGGUGCGCCAACAAAAUCCAAAUCUGCUAGCGAACCAGAAAGGGAACGAGAAAUGUUUCGAUUCCCUAAAUCCUCCACUGAUGGUGCUCUUAGUUCAGUACUUCAUGUCCAGGAGAGUAAUUUGAGUUCUGAUGAUUUUCAUGAAGCUUUGUUUCUGCUUGAACGCUCGCCUAAGGGAAGUGGUUCCAAGAGGCGGAAGAAAUCCAAAAAAGAUCGAAAUAAAGAUAAAGAAAAUAAUGGUGGUGGUGGAAUAGUUGCAACAACUGGUGUUAAGGGUAAAGAAGUGAAAGAAGCUAGUUCUGCCCUGUGA